ACCUGCGGGUGGCGUUCGCAGGCAGCAGGAGACUGGACAGUAGUCUAACCUGGCGUCUGUGCUCCUUUCCUUGGCAACGGCAGCAUCAUGAGCCAGUUUCAGAUGCCCUUGGCGGUCCAGCAGGACCUGCCAGGCCUUUACGAUUACCCCCCACAGGGCCAGGUGAUGGUAGGGGGCUUCCAAGGGCCUGGGCUUGCUAUGGCUGGUAGCGAGGCCCAGCAGCUGCGAGGGGGUGGAGACGGGCGAAAGAAAAGAAAAAGGUGCGGGACCUGUGAGCCCUGCCGGCGGCUGGAGAACUGUGGGUCUUGCACCAGCUGCACCAAUCGCCGCACGCACCAGAUCUGCAAACUUCGAAAGUGCGAGGUGCUGAAGAGAAAAGCCGGACUGCUUAAGGAGGUGGAAAUAAAGGCUGGUGAAGGAACGGGGCCUUGGGCACAAGGGGCGACUGUCAAGACAGGCUCAGAGCUCAGCCCAGUUGAUGGACCUGUUCCAGGUCAGAUGGACUCAGGGCCCGUGUACCAUGGAGAGUCAAGGCAGCUAAGCACCUCAGGGGCGCCGGUCAAUGGUGCUAGAGAGCCCGCUGGACCCAACCCGCUGGGAGCAACAGGUCCUUGGCGGGUAGACCAGAAGCCCGACUGGGAGGCUGCCUCAGGCUCUGCCCACGCUGCUCGCCUGGAAGAUGCCCACGAUCUGGUGGCCUUUUCGGCUGUGGCCGAAGCUGUGUCCUCUUACGGGGCCCUUAGCACCCGGCUCUAUGAAACCUUCAACCGUGAGAUGAGUCGUGAGGCUGGGAGCAACGGCAGGGGCGCCCGACCUGAGAGCUGCUCUGAGGGCAGUGAAGACCUUGACACUCUACAGACCGCCCUGGCCCUCGCAAGGCAUGGCAUGAAACCACCCAACUGCAACUGUGAUGGCCCAGAGUGCCCCGACUACCUCGAGUGGCUGGAGGGGAAGAUCAAGUCUGCGGCCAUGGAGGGCGCAGGCCAGGAGCGGGCCAGGCUCCCAGGCACUCUGCCUCCUGGUGAGGCUGGCCUCCCGGCCCCAAGCAUCAGACCACUCCUCAGCUCUGAGGUGCCCCAGGUGCCUCCCCUGGAGGGCCUGCCUCUGUCUCAGAGCGCCUUGAGCAUUGCCAAGGAAAAGAACAUCAGCCUGCAGACAGCCAUCGCCAUCGAGGCUCUCACGCAGCUCUCCUCGGCCCUCCCUCAGCCUUCUCAUUCCACUCCCCAGCCUUCCUGUCCACUCCCUGAGGCCUUGUCUCCUUCUGCCCCUUUCAGGCCUCCCCAGUCCUACCUCCGGGCGCCCUCAUGGCCUGUGGUUCCCCCAGAGGAGCAUCCAUCCUUUGCUCCCGACAGCCCAGCCUUCCCUCCAGCAACUCCAAGAACUGAGUUUCCUGAAGCGUGGGGUACCGACACCCCUCCAGCGACACCCCGGAACUCCUGGCCUGCACCCCGCCCUAGCCCAGACCCCAUGGCUGAACUGGAGCAGCUGUUGGGCAGUGCCAGCGAUUACAUCCAAUCAGUAUUCAAGCGGCCUGAGGCCCUGCCCACCAAGCCCAAGGUCAAGGUUGAGGCCCCCUCUCCCUCCCCCACCCCAGCACCAUCCCCUCUUUCUCAGAGGGAGGCUCUCCUGCCAUCCUCGGAGCCCGACACCCAUCAGAAGGCCCAGACGGCGCUACAGCAACACCUUCACCACAAGCGCAGCCUAUUCUUGGAACAGGCCCAUGACGCCUCCUUCCCUGCCCACACAGAGCCUCAGGCUCCUGGCUGGUGGGCCCCACCAGGCUCACCUGCCCCACGGCCUCCUGACAAACCAUCCAAGGAGAAGAAGAAGAAGCCCCCUACCCCGGCUGGAGGUCCUGUGGGAGCUGAGAAAACCACCCCAGGGACCAAGCCCAGCGUCCGAAAGCCCGUUCAGAUCAAGAAGUCCAGGUCCCGGGACAUGCAGCCUCUCUUCCUGCCUCUUCGGCAGAUUGUUCUGGAAGGGCUGAAGCCCCAAGCCUCAGAGGAGGUACCGGCACCUCCACCUGCCCCGCUCUCCGCGCCCCCUCCCGCCUCCCAGGGUGCUGCCUCCCAGAGUUCUGGUGCCCCUCCCCCCCCAGAACCUUCUCUUGCGCUGUUUGCACCUAGUCCCUCUGGGGACAGCCUGCUGCCCCCCACUCAGGAAAUGAGGUCCCCCAGCCCUAUGGCAGUCCUGCAGCCAGGCUCCAGCGGCGGCCCCCUUCCCCCUGCUGACGACAAGCUGGAAGAGCUCAUCCGGCAAUUCGAAGCUGAAUUCGGGGAUAGCUUUGGGCUUCCCGGCCCUCCCUCGGUGCCCAGUCAAGACCCUGAGAACCAAUCCACAUGUCUCCCGGCUCCGGAGAGCCCUUUUGCCACCCGAUCCCCCAAGAAGAUCAAGAUCGAGUCUUCAGGGGCCGUGACUGUGCUGUCAACCACGUGCUUCCAUCCGGAGGAGGCGGGCCAGGAAGCCACGCCCACCAAGGCUGAGCACCCGCUCACGCCCACCCUCAGUGGCUUCUUGGAAUCGCCUCUUAAGUACCUGGACACGCCCACCAAGAGUCUUCUGGAUACACCUGCCAAGAGGGCUCAGGCUGAAUUUCCCACCUGCGAUUGUGUCGAACAAAUAGUGGAGAGAGACGAAGGCCCGUACUACACUCACCUGGGAUCUGGCCCCACAGUAGCUUCUAUCCGGGAACUCAUGGAGGAGCGGUAUGGAGAAAAAGGGAAAGCUAUCCGGAUCGAGAAGGUCAUCUACACAGGGAAGGAGGGGAAGAGCUCUCGAGGCUGCCCUAUUGCCAAGUGGGUGAUCCGGAGAGGCACACUGGAGGAGAAGCUGCUGUGCCUGGUGCGGCAUCGGGCCGGCCACCAUUGUCAGAAUGCCGUGAUUAUCAUCUUGAUCCUGGCCUGGGAGGGCAUCCCUCGAAGCCUUGGAGACACCCUCUACCAGGAGCUCACUGAUACCCUCCGGAAGUACGGGAACCCUACCAGCCGGAGAUGUGGCCUCAAUGAUGACCGGACCUGCGCCUGCCAAGGCAAAGACCCCAACACCUGCGGUGCCUCCUUCUCCUUCGGUUGCUCCUGGAGCAUGUACUUCAACGGCUGCAAGUAUGCCCGCAGCAAGACGCCACGCAAGUUCCGGCUCACGGGGGACAAUCCCAAGGAGGAAGAAGUACUCCGGAACAGCUUCCAGGACCUGGCCACUGAAGUUGCACCCCUGUACAAGCGGCUUGCCCCACAGGCCUAUCAGAACCAGGUGACCAACGAGGAAGUGGCUAUCGACUGCCGCCUCGGCCUGAAGGAAGGGCGGCCCUUCUCAGGAGUCACGGCGUGCAUGGACUUCUGUGCCCAUGCCCACAAGGACCAACACAACCUCUACAAUGGGUGCACUGUGGUCUGUACCCUGACCAAGGAAGACAAUCGCUGUGUGGGCCAGAUCCCUGAAGACGAGCAGCUGCACGUUCUGCCCCUGUACAAGAUGGCCAACACGGAUGAGUUUGGCAGCGAGGAGAACCAGAACGCCAAGGUGAGCAGUGGGGCCAUCCAGGUGCUCACUGCUUUCCCGAGAGAGGUCCGGCGCCUGCCUGAGCCUGCCAAGUCUUGCCGCCAACGGCAGCUAGAAGCCAGGAAGGCAGCAGCCGAGAAGAAGAAGCUACAGAAGGAGAAACUAAGCACACCAGAGAAGAUCAAGCAGGAGGCUCUGGAGUUGGCGGGCGUCACCACUGACCCGGGCCUGUCUCUGAAGGGCGGAUUGUCACAGCAAAGCCUGAAGCCGUCCCUCAAGGUGGAGCCACAGAACCACUUCAGCUCCUUCAAGUACAGCGGUAACGCGGUGGUGGAGAGCUACUCGGUGCUAGGCAGCUGCCGGCCCUCCGACCCCUACAGCAUGAGCAGCGCAUAUUCCUAUCACUCUCGCUAUGCACAGCCCGGCCUGGCCUCCGUCAACGGCUUCCACUCCAAGUACACACUUUCCUCCUUCAGCUACUACGGCUUUCCAUCUAGCAACCCUGUCUUCCCCUCCCAGUUCCUGGGUCCCGGUGCCUGGGGACAUGGGGGCGGCGGAAGCAGUUUUGAGAAGAACCCAGACAUCCAUGCUCUACAUAACAGCCUGACCCCGGCCUACGGCGGUGCUGAGUUUGCCGAGCUGCCAGGCCAGGCUGUUUCCACAGACACCCACCACCCUGCCCCUCACCACCAGCAGCCUGCUUACCCAGGCCCCAAGGAAUAUCUGCUACCCAAGGUCCCCCAGCUCCACCCGGCAUCCAGGGACCCAUCUCCCUUUGCUCAGAGCGCCAAUUGCUACAACAGAUCCAUCAAGCAAGAGCCGGUAGACCCUCUGACCCAGGCUGAGUCUGCGCCCAGAGACUCCGGUAAGAUGGGCAGAGCUCCCUUGCCCGAGGCAUCUCAGAAUGGAGGACCCAGUCACCUGUGGGGACAGUACUCAGGGCGGAGCAUGUCCCCCAAGAGGACUAACAGUGUAGGUGGCAACUGGGGAGUGUUCCCUUCCGGAGAGAGCACCACCAUUGUUCCAGACAAGCUCAAUUCUUUUGGGGCCAGCUGUCUGACCCCUUCACACUUCCCAGAUAGCCAGUGGGGACUGUUCACUGGUGAAGGCCAGCAGUCGGCCCCCCACCCUGGGGGACGGCUUCGUGGCAAGCCAUGGAGCCCCUGCAAGUUUGGGAACAGCACCUCAGCCUUGACUGGUUCCAGCCUGACUGAGAAGCCAUGGGGGGGUGGCCCUGGGUUCCAAGACAAGUUGUGGAACCCUGUGAAAGUGGAGGAGGGGAGGGCUCCCACGCCAGGGCCCAGCCAGCUGGACAAGACCUGGCAGACCUUCGGCAUGCCCCUGGGCUCCGGUGAGAAGCUGUUCGGAGCCUUGAAGUCAGAGGAGAAGCUGUGGGAUCCCUUCAGCCUGGAGGAGGGGGCGGCUGAGGAGGCCUCCAGCAAGGCGGUGAAGGAAGAGAAGGGCGCCCCAGGAGUGGAGGAGGAUGAGGAAGAGCUGUGGUCAGACAGUGAGCACAACUUCCUGGAUGAGAACAUCGGUGGGGUGGCUGUGGCCCCCGCCCACUGCUCCAUCCUCAUCGAGUGUGCCCGGCGAGAGCUGCACGCCACCACGCCACUCAAGAAACCCAACCGCUGCCACCCCACCCGCAUCUCGCUGGUCUUCUACCAGCAUAAGAACCUCAACCAGCCCAACCACGGGCUGGCGCUCUGGGAGGCCAAGAUGAAGCAGCUGGCAGAGCGGGCCCGGCAGCGGCAGGAGGAAGCUGCGCGCCUCGGCCUGGGCCAGCAGGAGGCCAAGCUCUACGGGAGAAAGCGCAAGUGGGGGGGCGCCAUGGUGGCUGAGCCCCAGCACAAAGAAAAGGGGGCUGUCCCCACCCGGCAGGCGCUGGCCAUGCCCACAGACUCCGCCGUCACCGUGUCCUCUUACGCCUACACAAAGGUCACUGGCCCCUACAGCCGCUGGAUCUAGGUGCCAGGAGCCAGCGUACCUCAGCGUCGGGCCCGGCCCGAGCUGCCUCUGGUGCUUUUGCCCCUGUGCCCGGGGGCGGGUUGGGGGUGCAGAAGUCUCUCUAUAUCUACAUAUAUGGAUAUGCCUAUCAUAUAUAUGUAUUUAUGGUCCAAACCUCAGAACUGAUCCGCCCUCCCUCUCAACUUCCCCAGCACUUUGAAGAAGAAACUACGGCUGUCGGGUGAUUUUUUUUUUUUUUUUUUUUUUUUUUUUCCCCUUCGUGAUCUUAAUAUUUAUAUCUCCACAUUGUCUUUAUUUUUUUUUCCCCUUGCUUUGAGGGGCUUUUGUUUUCUCUUUGUUUUUAAAACUUUAUCCUUGUAUAUCACAAUAAUGGAAAGAGUUUAUAGUGUCCUUUCACAAAGGAGCGUAGUUUUAAAUUCCAUUUAAAAUGUAUAUUUAUUGGGUUUUUUU